AUGCCCACCAUGUGGCUAUCAGACUCACAAAAAAUCGGAGUCGCCUUUUGCUCUGGGGGCGGGUUCUUCCUCAUAGGCGGCGUCCUCCUCUUCUUCGACCGCGCCAUGUUAGCAAUGGGCAACAUCCUCUUCCUCAUCGGCCUGGCGAUCAUCAUCGGGCCGGCCAAGACGGCGGUCUUCUUCGCGCGGCGGCAGAAGCUCAAGGGCAGCGCGGCCUUCUUCGGCGGGCUGGCGCUGAUCCUGCUGCGCUGGCCCUUCGUCGGCUUCCUGGUCGAGCUGUACGGCAUCCUGGUGCUCUUCGGCGACUUCCUCGGCACCAUCGCCGCCUUCGCCCGCAACCUGCCCGUCGUCGGGCCGUACAUCGGCCUGGCCGUCGACCGCGCCGGCCUCGGCGCCAGGCGGAACGCCGAGUUGCCUGUUUGA